CCAUCUUCAUAUCAACAGGCUGCAGACAAUAUCCUUCAGCAGAAUCCCCACUCAUCUAGAAAAGGCAGAUAAAGUCUUGCUCGAAUCUUCGAAUAUGAGUUCCGGAAACGCUGUUCGUGUUUGCUCUGUUCUAUUAGUGGUCGUGCUUCUGACGGCUGAGUUGGUGUCAGCAGCACCCUACAAUGACUAUGACAAAGGGGCGUUACAACAGACAUAUUAUGACGUUCAUCCCUAUCCUGGUUCCGUUUUUUUUCCAGACCUCCGGGACCUGUACGAGCUGCUCAUUCGGAACGAGGCUGCGGCCGCCGCCCCUGCUUCCGCCUACAACCACCAGAUGGAGCGCAAGGGUGGAAGGAGCCCUUCCCUGCGACUUCGCUUCGGACGCCGCGCCGAUCCUCUCUGGCACGCCGAGAAUCCUUCUGACUCCACCUCCAACUGAAGCUACCCCCCCCCCCUGCAUUCUAAGUUAUUAUUGGAUUGAUGUAAUUAUUCUCACCAACUAAAUGUCAAUAAGUGUUCGUCUUAAUCACAAGGAUUGUAAAAGGCAACUUUCUCAUGUUUUAUUCAUAAUUUUUAUGAGUUCUUUCUGAGCUUGAGUACGAAUCUCUGUUUCAUUGGGUUUUUUAAUAUGUUUGUAUCAUUGUGUUGUUAUGUUGUGCAUAUGUGUUUUAAUGAAUAGAAUGCCGAUAAAUCAAUAAAAGCAAAGCUAUUUCCAUUUUGAUAAAUAAUUCUUUAAAUGUGUUCCUUUUUAAUAAAAAAAUGAAAUGAGCAAAUUCGAUUACCAAAAACUGGUAAUUUAAAUAUGACUUUGCUCUGUUAUUUGCUUAAAAUAAAAAUAAAAAUUAUUAUUAUAGACAUACAUAAAAAUAACUGUUAAAAACUUAUAUUAAUUACUACAUGAAAAGUAAGUAGCAAUAUCAAUUAGAAAUAUGUGAUACACUAUUAAACACUUUUAAAAGUUGUAAAUAUUCAGAUUUACAACUUUUUAUAGAUUUUAAUUUUUUAACGAUGUCUCUAACGUAUUAAAAGCAUUUUUUUUAAAUUCAAAAAUAUUAUAUUAGAACACUAUUUUAUAUAGCAAAACAAAAUUGUUAUUAUAAAUAAUUCAAUAAAUAAAUGCGUGGAAAUUGUUUGUAUUAUCACAUUAAUAAACAUAUAUAUAAGUAUACUGGUUUGUAAAAUUAAAAUAAUGCAAUUUUUUUCUUGGUGUUUUGUUUGUCAAUGUCAAAGUUGCCUUUUAAUUCUUACAACUUGAUGUAUAUGCCCAAUGACCCAGGUUAACAAUGAAAAAAAAAUCCAUUAAACUAUAUAUCUAAGUUAUAAAAUUUCUAUGAUUUAUAUUUGAAGCAAUAGUUAAGCUAACAUUACUAAUUAUACAAAUUAAAAUUAUAACAUCUUAUAGCAGGAAUUUUUCAUCAAAACUGUAAAGAUACUCAAUAUUAAAUAACAUUUGCCAUAUUUUAUAAUAUGAAAUGAAAUCUACAUGAACCUGUGGAAUAAAUUUUUCAAGAUAAUGAUGAAAAAUAAAUUUUUUCAAGAUAAUGAUGAAAAAUAAAUUUUUUCAAGAUAAUGAUGAAAAAUAAAUUUUUUCAAGAUAAUGAUGAAAAGAUAAAUUUAUCAAGAUAAUGAUGGAAAAAUUGUUUCAUCGAGAAAAAGAUGAAAAAAUAAAUUCAUCAAGAAACAGACGGAAAAAUCAAUUUACCAAGAAAAAGAUGGUAAAAUAAAUUCAUCAAGAUCAUUCUUUUUUCUUCGAACAAAAAUGUGUCUUAAACAGUUUCUGCUAUAUUAAUGAACAGAUUAAUUACUUUUUUUAAUUCAGCUUAAAAAAAUUAUUAAAUUUUAUACGGCGAAGAGAGGUCAUAAUUUUCGAAUUCCACUUGUAAAAAAGAAGAAAAAAACCGUUUGCUUAAUGUUGUUCUCUGGGUCAUUGCAAUGUCAUCUCUUAUUCAUCAUUUAUUUGUCUGUACAUUCUGUAUUCCGUAUAAUAAAUAUAAGCCACUGUCUGAUCCCAUGCUUUUCAACUACGAUUGCAUUUCCUUUUAGUUUUAUCGAUGUCUAAAUGUAAAAUAAAGAUGUUAUAUCAAAAAGAUGUAGUUUAUUUGGAAAUAUUUAUAUAUUAGUAUUAAGGCUAUCAAGUAAGUGAAUCCAAUAAGCUAUUUUACUAAUAAAACGAA